ACCCUCCGCUGUCAAAGGCAACUCGGAAGACUGCGAAGACGAGGGAGCUCUGAAGGUGGUCGUGACGUCGGUGCGGAGAGCACCACUACAGCAAUCCGCCUGUCCGACGGCGGCAAUGGCGAUGCUGCUGCUGCUACUGCCGCUGCUGCUCCAGCUGGCCGCCCGAGGAGCCGCUAGCACUUGUCCGCCGCCCGGAUCGGUGAAGAUUCAAUCGUUCAGCUACGCAGGAAGCGGCUGUCCUCCCGGGACUGCUGUCGGCGACAUCUCCAAGGACGGGAAGGCGCUGACGGUCAUAUUCAGCAAGUACUACGCUACCACGGACAAAUUGCUGGCGGAUCGCAAACGGAGCUGCGUGGUAACGGUCAAGCUGAGCUAUCCCAGAGGAUUUAUCGUGUCGGUGGGGACGGUCACAACGCGCGGGUACGUGAAGCUCGAUGCGGGCGCCGUGGCGACCAUUCAGACGUGGUACUACUUCUCCGGGCUGCCAGGGACGGCUCGACUCGUGCGCAAGUUCACAGGAGUGGUCGAGAAGAACUUCGAAGUCACGGACAAGUUCCUCACCCUGGUUUACAGCAGGUGCGGCGUGUCCAGGGAC